AUUAAUGACCAAUUAUGCAAAAAACAUUAUAAUGAUUUAGUUACUUAUAGUCGUGGUAAGCCUCAAUUAUCAGUAAAACAAAAAGACCAUGAUAGAUCUUUUCACCAUACUGGAAGAAAUCCAAAAAAAGUUUGUUUAACACAAGAAGUCUAUCAGGAACUUUAUAACAAAGCUAUGUCUGUUGAACAAUUAGAAAAAAAAAUAAACAAAUUAGAAGCUGAUCUAGAUAAAUAUAUGGUUGAGCCAAAUGAAAAAGAAUCUAGUCAAUUUUUUCAAUUUUUUGGUAACCAAAUUGCACUCAUGAAUGAUGUGCUUUUUAAAAGUAUUUUUAACAAGAAACAUAAAUUAGCUGCAAAGCCAAAACCUUGGAGAAUAGAUACAUUGAUGUAUCUUGCUCAUGCAGGCUGGGAAUUAGUUAGAAGAUUUGUGGUUGAAAAAUUCAAAUUCUCAAAAACUCCACAAUAUGUAACAUUUUUUGAUCUAUUAGAUAAUUUGGUGCCUGCAACUUUGGAUAUAUAUAAUAUCCUUUUUCGACAGAAUCACUUCCAAGAGUAUGUCAGCACAGUAUUUCGCUUGUGGACUGUAAUGAAAUGUUUCCACCGUCAUAAUUAUGAUAAAAUUACACUGGCCUUUUUAUCAGAUAUUCAUUAUUGGAUGCAGAUAGAACAUCCUGUAAUUGACACACUCAAGAACAACCUAAAUAUAUUUGAUGAAUACCCAGUGGAAAAUUUCCACAGCCUAUUGAGAAGGCAGACUACUGCAAAGGUAUCUACUGCAAAAUCAUUGAGACGUGAUGCACUUUUUAUAGACCAUUUUCAUCAUGAGAAUUCUCUUGGAGCUGCCUUCUCACCAAAGCAAAAUUAUCCAUACAGUAAAAAGGAUUUAGAUUUUUUGGUUAAGAAAACUGCCUUGUUCUUGUUAGACUUUUUUGAUGAAGUUUGGAAAAACAAUGGAUUAGUUGAGGAAAGAAUGGAAGGAAAAAGAAUAAAAAAGCCCUAUUACUAUUUUCAAAAUCUUAAAUCAGGAUUUCCUAUUGGAGCCUUACCACUUGGUUUUCAUACACCAGUGCCACCAAGUCAAGAGAAUUUUUGUGAUAGAAUUGAAUGUACUAAUAGGUCAAUAGAAAGUAGUCAUGUGUUAGUCUGUGGUCAUGCCUAUCAUGAAAGUUGCUUCGAGAUAAUUAACAGAAGGUGCCAUUAUUGUUUCAUGUAUUUAUCUAAAGCAAUUGAUGAGUUAACAAGCUCUUACAAUCAAAGAUUGCACAUGGAAGAGGAUAUAAAUAAUGAAUUAUUUUCUGAAAAUAAUAUACAAAACGCAAAUCCAGACUUUGAAGAUGCAGACCAUAUUAUAUCUCUACCUGGAAUUGAUAAUCAAUUGCAAAAAAGGAUAUUAGGUAUAUAUAUUUCAAAAAUUUAUAAUUUUAUGUAA